AUGCAUCCAUUCAGUAGGUGCACUAUUGAUACACAGGAAGAUUUCGGGCCCAACAACGACUAUUGCUUGGGUGGCUUCGACUUCACAUUGCUCUUCGAGGAGACGGUCCUGACGAUAGUCCCUUUCAUCAUUAUUCUACCCGUUCUUUCCUUCCGUCUGUUCCGACUUUACCGUGCCCCUAUUGUGGUCAAUGGCUCAAUAUGGCACGCUGCAAAGCAGGUAUGGGCAUUAUACAUCCUUUUCGGAGCGUUGCAAGUCCUUUCAAUAGGUGCCUUGGCUAUGCCGGACACAGUCAAGACAAAUGCGACCAUUGCUUGCAUGGUCGUUAAUCUCCUAGCCACAUUCACUCUUGCCAUCACAUCAAGCUUCGAGCACUAUCGCAAUUCGAGGCCAUCAACGCCCAUCAGCAUCUAUCUCGUUCUUUCAUUCGUUUUUGAUUGUGCCCGCGUGCGAACUCUCUUCGAGACAAUAGACGCUCGACCUCUUGGAAUUAUGUUGUUAGUAGCAACACUUCUCAAAUUCGCUCUCAUUGUUUUAGAAGUCAAGGAGAAGCGAGCAUGGUUGGUCGACCCCAGCCAAUUCCCAGCACCGGAGUCGACCGCCAAUUUCUUCAAUCGCCUAACUUUCUUCUGGGUGAAUCCCUUGCUUCUGAAAGGAUACAAAAAGCCAAUCGAAGAGGUUGAUCUGUUUGAGUGCCAGAAGCAAAUUGUUGGGGAUUCAGAAUUACUUGCUUUGGCGGAAAAGUGGGAGAAUUGUAUCGGCCUCAUCGCCGCUUAUGUUCUCGUAUACAUGGGUUUCGGACUCACCAACGCACUGCACCAACAUCGAAAUUACAGGAGUAUCUCCAAGCUUCGUGGUUCUCUUAUUGGCAUCAUCUAUAAGAAGACACUCACGAUGAGCUCAUCCGCUUUAACCGAGUCGGAGGCUGUUACCCUUAUGAACGCCGAUGUUGAGCGUAUCACCGUUGGUCUUCGUCAAUCUCAAGAGCUAUGGGCUGGCUUCUACGAGAUUGGCCUUGCUGUAUUUUUGUUACACAAGCAGAUCAGUUGGGCUGCAUUGACCCCUCUCGGUGUCAUUCUCUGCUGUACAUCGCUAGCGAUCGGUGCCUCUCCCAAGCUCGCUGCAUCUCAAAAGACAUGGCUCGACAAGAUCCAAGCCCGUAUCGAUGCGACUGCCGCCAUGCUUGGAUCGAUCAAGGCCGUCAAAAUGACUGGGCUCACUCCCGAUCUUGGAGAACGUAUCUCCGAACUUCGUGAGUCUGAGAUUGACACUGCACGCACUUUCCGUGGAAUGUUGGUCAAAAUCACCACUUUCUCCUUCGCCAGUACAUCAAUCAGUCCCGUCGUCGCACUCGGAACUUACAUCUUCAUGGCUAAGUACCAAGGCUAUCCCGACUUGACGCUGGAGAAAGCUCUUACCUCCUUGGUCCUUAUGAACCUUCUUCUCGAGCCUGUCGCAUUUUUCAUUACCGCAUUGUCUGGUCUGAUCAACACAAUGAGCUGUAUGGAACGUAUUCGCGGCUAUCUCAACACCGAAAUGCGAAUGGAGCCCAUUAUUUCUCGCCCUCGUGCUUCGAGGAGGAUGACACAGCCAACUUACACCAACCCUCCAGAUACUCCACUGGGUACAGUUUCAGAACGGACGGCUGUUUCCAAUCCUACUUCUAAGGAUGAGAAACAUAGAGCAUUCACUGGAAGCAUCUACAAAACAGGGCAAUAUGCGCGUGUUUCUCAUGCGCGCGAUUUCUCGGACAUUGGAGAUGCUACCACUCUUGCUUCUUUCAACCAGAGCCGCGACUGUAUUGUAGCCCGAAACGCCAGCUGUGGUUGGGAUCCUGAGAACGCGCCAACUCUCAAAGACAUGAACUUUAAGAUCAAAGAGGGCAGCCUCAACAUGAUCGUCGGUCCCGUGAGCAGCGGUAAAUCUACCCUUUUGAAGGCUAUCCUCGGCGAAGUUCCCGUUGCCAGAGGUAUUCAGCGAUCGUUCUUUACCGAAGUCGCCUACUGCAGUCAAAGCGCAUGGCUAGUCAACGGCACCCUUAGGGAUAACAUCACCCACGGCUCCGCAUACGACGAGAGGUGGUACAACGCCGUCAUCCAGGCUUGCGAUCUCGAAACCGACAUUGCCAACGCGCCUCUUGGCGACGAGACCAUCGUGGGCAGCAAGGGUCUUAGCUUGUCCGGAGGACAGCAACAGCGUGUUGCGCUCGCUCGUGCUGUCUACUUCCGCAGCAGUGUUGUUAUCAUCGACGACGUCAUGUGCGGUCUUGAUGCAGGCACUGAAGAGCACGUCUUCGAGAACGUUCUUGGUGACAAUGGUCUCCUACGAGGCGGUGACACCACUGUUAUCUACGUCACCAAUACUGUACAUCGUCUACCCCAAGCCGACCACAUUAUCGCCCUCGGUAGCGACAGUACCAUCGCCGAACAAGGUAAUUUCCAAGAGCUUUACAGUCUCGAUGGAUAUGUCAAGAACCUGUGUGCCAACGGAUCUGAGCGCAGCACCUACAGCCAAGGCGACAAGAAUACAAUCAAGGGUUUCAAGCAAUCGCUCGUUCACUGGAAGGAGGCCGAAGCUGUCGAGAAGGAAAAUGCUGCGGGAGACUUGACUAUCUAUGCUUACUAUAUUAAGACGUUCGGCUGGACGAGGUGGAUCAUCUUUUGCUUCUUCUGCGCUCUCUACGGCUUCGGUACCGCCUUUCCCAACGUUUGGGUCAAGUGGUGGGCAACCCAUAAUCAGCAACACCCCAACGACAAGAUCGGCUACUACCUAGGCAUGUACGCUUUCCUUGCUCUCCUCGGACUCGCCGCCCUCGUUGUAGCUUGCUGGACGCUCAUCAUGACCAUGGCUCCUCAAGCUGGUCGCCAGCUUCACCAACGUUUGCUUCAAACCGUCCUUACUGCGCCGAUGUCUUUCUUCAUCGGUACCGAUACCGGUAUCACCACGAACCGUUUCAGUCAAGAUCUCGAGCUCAUUGACAUGGAGCUUCCGGUUGCGCUCAUUCGUACAGCCAUGAUGUUCUUCGUGCUCAUCGCACAGCUCCUUGUCAUUUUGGCCUCCGCUAAAUGGGUCGGUAUCGCCAUGCCAGCCACAGUUGUACUUGUCUACUUCCUCCAAGUGUACUACCUUCGAACCUCGCGCCGCCUUCGUAUCCUAGAUAUUGAGACAAAGGCAUACCUAGGAACCCAGUUCAUGGAACUUUUGAGCGGCAUCGCCACGAUUCGUUCUUUCAAAUGGGAGUUCCAUCACCUCAACAAUUUCCUCGACAUGUUGAAGAAGGCUCAGCGUCCGUUCUACCUCAUGUACUGCUGCCAGCGUUGGCUCAACAUGGUCUUGGAUCUUGUUGUUGGUUCUUUGGCUAUUCUGCUCGUCACCAUUGCAAUCCAGACCAAGGAAACCGUCGAUCCUGGUAUGACCGGUCUUGCUUUGACCAACUUGGUUGGUUUCAGUCAGAUGUUGAAGCAACUCAUCACCAAUUGGACUCUGCUCGAAACCUCUAUGGGAGCUUUGGCGCGUAUUCGAAGCUUCACUGGGUCGGUCGAGUCUGAGAAUCUCCCUGGGGAGGAUCAAGUCGCACCCGAGCAUUGGCCCAAGUUCGGCGGCAUUGAGUUCCGCAAUGUUAUUGCCACCCAUAAGAAAGCCAAGAAGGCCACGCUCAACGACCUCAAUUUCGCCAUCCCUCCAGGUACCAAGCUUGCCCUCGUCGGUCGUUCUGGCAGUGGAAAGAGUUCUCUCAUUGCUGCACUCCUCCGGCUCAUGGAUAUUCAGAGCGGUAGCAUCGUCAUUGAUGGCAUCGACAUCGCCACGCUUCCUCGUGAAGUUGUUCGUAGUCGCCUGAUUGCCCUCCCUCAGGACCCAUACAUUCUUGCUGGCUCCGUCCGAGAGAAUGUUGAUCCCCUACGAUGUGUCUCCGACGAAGAGAUCUCUGCUGCGCUCCGAAAGGUCCAGCUCGAUCAUCUUCUCGACCAGCCUACCAUUGGCCUUGAUGCUCGUCUGACAAUGGACAUGCUUUCGCACGGUCAAUGCCAACUUCUCUGCCUCGCCCGCGCCAUGAUCCGCAAGGGCUCUAUCCUCAUUCUCGACGAAGCCACUGCAUCCGUCGACGUUCAUACCGAUGCGCUCAUGCAGCAAAUUAUCCGCACUGAGUUCAAACACCACACUAUUAUCGCCGCAGCUCAUCGUCUGGAUACCAUCAUCGACUUCGAUGCCGUUAUUGUCAUGGAUGCAGGCCGCAUUGCUGAGUCUGACAACCCUGAGAAUCUACUCGCGAAAGAGAGCGGCUUCAAGGAGCUCUACCAGAUCCAGAAGGGUGACGUCAAGCCCUGGACUGAGACGACGCUCACAGCGCUCAACGACACCAGCGAUCGCAUCUCCCUUGUCAGCUAUAAGACCAGCGCAACAGGAUGGGAGACCGUUCGGACAAUGGGGGGCGGUGUAAACGCGGGAGUAGCUGGCGCCCUCGCCGCUGCCGUUGAUUCCUUCAGCAGUAGUAGGCGAGACGGACGCGACUUCCUGGAUGACCUCGGUCCAGCACCAUCAUACAGCGCGUCAGAAUACUCAACCGACUCCAGAACAGACGAAAAGCGUGGAUCGAGAAGCGGGUGGGUUUGA